AUGGAUUUUGCUCUGCAGCACGGACCUGCAGAGACCCAGCAAGAGGUGCAGGAGGGGAACGAGGAGCAGGAUCACUUCCUCCUUCUGGGAGCAGAUUACGAUGCAUACUGUGUCAGUGGUCAUGCAGUCCAAGAGAUGUGUGCUCGGGACCAGAGGCAGCAGGAUUGCCCCCUGCUUGACCCUACAGUGCAGAAUGUGCCCUCAGAUCAGAAACAACAAGCAAGCAAAUACACAAUGAUGCAUCAGCCGGAGCUGCACAGUCGCUAUCUGAGGCAGCAGGAAGAGAAGAGACAGGAAGCUAAAUCUGCACCUGAACACAGCACAGUGCAUGUCGCUCAGGAUCAGUGUCAGAAACCCGUCGAUCCAUUGCAUGGGCUGCGGGCGCACUGCUGGGUGCUGGUGCUUUCCGGCAGUUGUAAUGUCCAGGAAAAUUUCUUCAUAGACCCUCUGACAGGAAUCAGCUAUCCUACAAACCACCACCACUUCCUGGGCAUCGAGAGCAUCUGGAACAACUUCAACUACUACGUCAACAUGCAAGACUGUAAGCAGGGCUGCAGGGACCUGCUGUUUGAUCUGGAUGAUGGCCGUCUUUGGGAGCCUAUCCUGUCUGGUACGAUCAGCAGGAAGGAUCUGACUUUGGACGUCCAGCAAAGGAAGCAAACAACAAACACAGCAAACAGUGAUGAGGAGGAGGAGCAAGAGGAGCGCAGAGUGUUGAAAAUACCAAAAUCCUGGGUCAGCUUCAUUCAUGUGACUAAGGAAGACCUGCAGAGGCGCUACCCUGGCGGAAAGACAGAGGUUCUCUACAGGAACGCGAAGCUGGAGAGAUUUGCUCCGAAUGUGAGGCCCGACGGCCUGAUGACGCGACUGAGUGUGUACAAGGAGCAGGAGAGUGCAGAGGUAAAUGUGUUGAAGAUGUGGUAUCAGCACAGAAAUGAUCAGCUGCAGCAGAGGGUGAUUAAUGUGAAAGAGAGAAGCACUGUCGAACACUUCAAAGAAGGACGGCCACUCCACUUCCUGACCUACAGCUACCGGGCCCUGAAUGGAGGCUGGGAGCGACAGGUGGAGUUCAGCCGGGUGCGCAGUGAUCACCUGGCGAGCAGAGUGAUGACAUCUGACCAGAUGAUGGAGACGUUUGAGGGGCGUGGUGACUUCCUUUACCACCGUCACAUCUUUUUCAGUCCACAUGUUCGAUUCUCCGAGCAGAGCAAUGACUCAGUGGAGCUGCAAGACCGACCUGUGCAAAGAGUGGUGGAACGUUUUCAUCGAAACAUGUCCAAACUGGCGCACGAGGACGUGAACGAGCGUGUGUUUGUGAUAUCAGAGCGACGUAUCGAGUUGAAGUUUCACUGCGAUGAGCACCGACUCAUUCCCCCACAGACCAAAUUCAUCAAACCCCGAGAGUCCACGGAGCAGCAGAAGGCCCAACAAUUCACCUCAGACAUGGUGUCAUGCUUCCAGGUGGAUGUGUGUGAGCAUCCUCCUCAGAUUGGACAUCUCUAUAAGACGCUCCAGAGUCUGAUAAGACAGGAGGAGCAGCUGCUGCAACAGAUAUCCAUGUCGCAGAAGGAGAUGAGAGAACUUGUGUCCUUGAGGCAGAAAGAGGAGCAGCAAAUACAGAACUCAGCCCCUGAGAAGCAUAGAGACACAGAAUAUGACUCAAUGAAAUUGUUCAGAACAAACUGAAAACUCCAGAUCAGAAGCUGCACCCAGAAACGGAACUCUCCAAUCACCUGGAUUGGCAGUGGCACACUUACGUACAUCUUUCUAAGAUGUGACUGUUACUGAUGGAUAAAAGAUUUUAACAUUUGCUGUUUGACUUAUCAUUUAUAUUAAAUAUACCAUUCAUAAUAAAGUUAUUUC